GCAUCGGAAAAUGAUCGAAGAUGAUCAGCUGGGAAUUCGGCGAUUUUCACGCGCGAUAAACGGAAGAUUUGAAGAAUAUAGCGAGGACACAACACGCAGGCGCUCGAUACAUUGACACUCCCCAGAAACCGGCGACCGCGACCGGCCCGCUUCAUACUUCAUACUGUUCGACGGCGAACUUCAGUCUACAGUCGGGUGUUUGUAACGAACGUGCAAAGUGUGUCACUUGCGAUUGCGUCCUAUAGCGAUCGAGUGAAUAGUAGUUGUUUUUCUCGCGCUACGCAUCACUUUGCUGCUAUACUGCUGCUAACCAGAGGGGAUCUGUUCCGCGCGAAGUAACGAGCUAAAACAAAACCAAAAGAUGACAACUUGGCAAGCACCUGGUGCGGGAUUCUAUCCAGGGCAACAAGGUCCAUACCCUCAACAAAAUCCCGGAUAUCCACCACCACAAGAAGGCUAUCCAUAUCCUCCACAAAAUCCAGGAUAUCCACCACCUUACUCCGGUGGGAAUCCGCCUGGUCCAGGAUUUAUACCUCCACCAGGUGCUCCACCUUACGGUGCACCACCGGUUGGUGCAGGAUUCGGAGGAAUACCACCAGUUCAAUCAGGAAUGUAUGGGUCUGGCUAUGGAGAGGACCCUCUGCAAGAUGAGGUCAAAGGAUUCGAAUUUAAUGAUAAAACUAUUAGGAAUGGCUUCAUCAGGAAAGUAUAUAGCAUCCUGAUGUGUCAGUUACUCAUCACACUUGGGAUGAUUACUUUGUUCCUUUAUCAUAAACCAACACAGCAAUGGGCUAUGAAACAUACAGAAUUGUUUUGGAUUGCUUUUGCUGCAACUAUUGUCUUAAUCAUAUGUAUGGCUUGCUGUACUAAUGUGAGACGUAAGGCACCGAUGAAUUUCAUAUUCCUAUUUUUAUUUACAUUGGCAGAGGCUUUCUUGUUGGCUAUAGCUUCUUCGACUUACAAAAGUGAAGAAGUUAUGUUAGCUGUUGGAAUUACAGCAGCGGUUUGUCUAGGAUUGACAAUAUUCGCAUUUCAGACGAAAAUUGAUUUUACAGGAUUGCACAGCGUUCUAUUCGUCGCUGUACUUAUUUUACUUAUUUUCGGUAUAAUCGCGAUGAUCUGGCCUGGAAGAAUUAUGACUUUGGUUUAUGCAUCGCUCGGUGCAUUAAUAUUCUCUUUUUAUCUAAUUUAUGAUACGCAAAUGAUGAUAGGUGGAAAGCACAAAUAUUCUAUUUCGCCGGAGGAGUACAUCUUUGCCGCGUUGAGCCUGUAUCUAGAUGUUAUUAACAUUUUCAUCUAUAUCCUGACUAUUAUUGGCGCUUCGCGAGACUAAUUGCUGUCAAUUCUAUUUCUAUUUUAAUUUAUUAUGUUGUAACUACUACAAAAUACAAAGCCAGCUUUUACUUAUCGCCGUCCUGCUCUGGCUCUCUGCAGUUAUCGUCGUGAGAGUACACUGUAGGCGAGCAAGUAAUGAAAUGUAAAGAAGUAUAUAUAUAUUAUUGGCAAGACUUUAAUUUUUAUGAACAUAGCUUUUACAAAUUUUCGAAGAUUAAUGUGUACAAACUGCACGCUUAGAUUCCAAAGCCUCUAAUCUAGUUCCAUAAAGUAUAAUAUAACAAAGUGUUUCCUAUCCUCUCUUAGGUAUGAAACCAAAUAUAAAUUCUUAUAAUUAUUCUAAUAGGAUAGUAUACAAUAUUAUCAUGACCAUAAAAAAGUAUCAGUUUUUUUUCUUUAUUAUAUUAUUUUACGUUAUUUUAUGUUUAGUAUACGUAAUUAUCAUCAAAAUCAUUUCUAAAAUCAUAAAAAUGAUUAUGAAAUUUAUAUCUUUUACUUUUUUAAAUAAACUUUCUUAUGAAUUCUUUAAUACGAUCAAAAAAUGUAUACAUCUAAAUAAAAAUUUAUUAUGAUAAUAUAAUUAUAAUAAAUAUAUAUAUGUAUAAUAUAAAAUGAUAUUAUGUGAUAUAAAAACACCCAGCAUUAGUUGUAGUAUUGUAUUAUCUGGACCUGACUGUAAUUCUCCAGAGGUAAUCCUGAAAGAUGCUUAUACCUGUGGUUGUCCAUAUAUAUAUAUAUAUAUAUAUAUGUAUGUAUAUAUUUAGAUUAAAUUGUGAUUGUUUAUUCUUUGUUCAUAUUUAAAUAAUAAAAUGUGUAAUUAUUCUCCAA